UUGAUAAAUAAUUGUGACAAGAGUUGAUAAUAUUGCAAAUAAAAUGAUGUCAUAAAUAAACAAUAAAUAUAUACUUUUACUCAUUUUAUUUAUUAAAUACUCUGUUUCGUGUAAUACCAACAGAUAUAAAUAAGUCGCUGUACUUGAUACUUAUUUAUCAUAGCAUUUUAAAAACAUUCAUUAGCUAAAUGUAUAAAUCUGCUAAAUGGAAAUAGAAAUCUAAAAUGAAAUUAUCAACGAAGAUUAUUAAAACUACACCUUUGAUAAUUAUUCUAAUCAUGGGGAAUAAGUAGUUAAAGAGAUUUUAAAUAUGAAUCCAGAAGUUUAUAUUUUGUAUUUUGAAAUAUCUUUAAAGUCCAAAUAAAAUAAAAUUAAAAAUGAACUUUUACUAAAAUCCUUAAACAUUAUAGAAGCAACCCUAUAUUAAAAUCCUAAAUCUAUUGAAUUUAUAAAUCUUUCAAUAGGCUCUAAUUAGAAGAAUAUUUGGAUAUAAUAAUCCAUUGAAAAUAUUUUAUCAAUAAAUCAUAAUAUUAUAAUUGCAUCUGCUGCUGGAAAUAGUGGACCAUUACGAGGCUCAAUUUAAUUUCCUUCACAAAUGUAAUCCAUUUUAUCUAUAGGCACUAUGAGUCUACUAAGCUCCAGGGGACCUUCAUUUGAAAUGUUAAAUUACCCAAUUAAGAAACCAGAUUUUAUUAUUAAUUUAUCUGAUGAAAACAUUAAUAAUUCUUCAUAUGGUACUUCAAUAGCCUGUGCAUAAUUUACAGGUUUUGUAUCUAAAUAUAGCUAUAACUACUCUUAAAAAAAUCUAUUUUUAAUAGCUUUAAUAAAAAGUUCUUAUAGUUAUGACAGUUAUAGUAUAUAUGAAUAAGGUUUUGGAAUAUUAGAUUUAAAAUAAACUGUUACUGUAAGUAGAUUUUCUUCUUUUGUAGAAGUAUUUCCUUCUCUAAUAGAUUUAACUAAUUCUUAUAGCUAUUUUGAUUUUGUAAAAUAGUUAGAUUUUUAAAACUAAGACUUAAAUGUGGAAAGUUUUAAGUUAACAUUAUAAAUAUUUAAUGUAUUUUAGAAAAACAUCCUCAUAUAAAAUAUUAAAUUAAAAAAUGAUUCUAAUUUUGAUAGCAUAUGCCCAUUUAGUAUUUUAGCUUUUGAUCAUUAUUUAGAUUUUAAAAAGAGCUAAAUUUAUUUCAGAUUUGAUUUAUUCUAAUCAUAAAAUGUUAACUCAAACGAUUCACAAAUAGUUACAUGCACAUUAAUUCUUGAUUUUUAAGUCAAAGAAAGCUUUACAAAUAAAAUUAUUGUUUAAUCAGAGAUAGUUAAAAUUAAGAUUGAGGGAAAAAUUUUGCUAAAAAGAGAUGUUACUUAUAAUAUAUUAUUUAAUUAAUACUAUCAGAAUCCUCAACUAUAAAAUUUAGAAUACAAAUCUAAUUUUUAUUAAUACUAUUUAAAAAAUCAAUAUGAUUUUUUUGGAAAAAGUCUAUUGAGUAAUUACUUUGCUUUAAAGUCUCAUAUUUAAUACCUCAACUAAGAAAAUUAAUUUUAGCUGUUUAAUUUAUUAGAAACUUAUACUUAAUUUUAAGAUUUAAAUCUUCUUUCUAAUACACUAUUAGUUUUAGUUGAUUUUGAAAUACCUCUUUCAAAUUUAGAUAUAGAAUACAUUUAAAAUCAUAUCCUUGACCGCAAUAAUUCAUUGAUGAUAUUUGGUGAAUGGUUUUCAGAAAUAAAUGAAAAUGAAAAAGCAUUUGACUACUAAAGUAUUAAUAAACUUUUAAGAAUAUUCGGAGUGAGUUUUUAAUAAGGAUCUUUCUCCCAAAAAAUAUGUGAUUAUCACUAAUAAUGUUUUGUUUACUAUUCUGGUUGCUAGAUUGUGAUAUUUGAAAAUAGUAAUAUCGUUUAAAAUAUUACAUACAAAAAAUAAGUUUUCAAAAAUGAUUUUGAAGUUGAUUAAGAUUAAGAAAUUAUUUAUUAUGUAGAAAUAAAGACUAAAUAUAACUCUAAUGUCUUCCUAUUUGGAGAUUCAGCUUGUUUAGAAGAAGCUUUUUAGUACUAAAAUUGUUUUUAUUUAAUUGAUAAAAUAAUAUAGUAGAGUUAGGAAAUUGAGUGAAUUUAAUUUAAAAAGUGUUUUCAUAAAUAAAACUAUCUAAAAAAAUUUAAUUUCAUUUGAUUGUGAUGAGCUCA